GGUACACGCUCAUUUAAAUUUAUACGAAAUGGCUGAUUUACUUAGUUUGAAAGAAAUUACAAACCUCAGAGAAGUAUUUUCUGCGUAUGAUACAGAUGGUGAUGGAAAUAUCACCCCAGAGGAUUUAGACCAAAUAUUUGCUUCAAUGGGGCAAAGUGCAAGUUCGCGAAAAAAUACGCAAAAAUCAGUUGAUGCGGACGCCGAUUCAAAUGGCAUGAUAGAUUUUCCCGAAUUUCUAACUAUCAUAGCAGUUCAUCUUAAUGAUCCUGAAGAAAAGGAGUGUCGAUUAAAACGAGUUUUUAAGCUUUAUGAUUUAGGUAACACUGGUUACAUAUCCGCUACAAACUUAAGACUUGUGAUGGAACGCUUAGGUUGUCCCUUAACACCCGAGGAGGCAUUCGAAAUGAUUAAUGAGGCAGACACUGAUGGUGAUGGAAAAUUAAAUUUCGAAGAUUUUAAGAGAGUUGCUGCUGAUGAGUGGAAUUUCUAAAACUAUUUUUACCAAAUUUACUACUAGUUUAUCCUUCCAAGUUUUAUUAUCCAUGUAUAGGCCAACUUUCAAUGAUAUGGUACAAUCCCUUUUCCAAAAAAGAAAACAUAAAAAAAAAAA